AUGCCAGGUCGACUCCGGGUUCGGCGUCCCUCUCCGACCACCGUUAGCUUUGCCGUAUCGAAUGCGCCGCGACGCUCCAAUUCCCCCGCGAAGAUACUAUUUGGCUUUCAGAUCCUCCUGCGUGCCCUAUUAUUCUGCUGUGUGGUUCUUGUUGGAUUAACACGACUGCGGCAUAUUUCUUACGAAGCAGAUACGAAAAUUAUACCUUGGCAAGCCGUCUGGGAGACUCCGUUGGGAUCUCAGCUGUAUCUUCUGGUGGACCCCUACAACCCAUGGAUAGUUACGGCGGUAUGCGCAGUCGUGGUCUAUGGAGUUUUCCGAAGAGGAUAUACCGAGGAAUCGCUUCUUGUCAUUCGGGGCUUCGGAAUUCAGACUUCAACAUCAGCUUCCACCUACCUCUCGUCCGCAGCAACAAGGUUUAUUCCUACAACACAAAUCCAAGACAUAGUGAUUCAUGAAGCAUUCAAGGGCUUCGAAGUUCGCUUUUAUCUUGCCGUGAUCGUGGAAGGAGAGCCGGACGCUUUGGUUGUUUUCCCGCAUUUACUCCCUAAGCGAGAAAUUCUUGAAGAGGUGUGGCGUGGGUCUCGCCGCUGUCUUUACGACGCAAAGUCAUGA